UUUGUAUUGUAAAAACAGCUACAAUAGUAGUUGUAGGAUUUCUGUAUAAAAACGUUUUAAUCCAUAGAAUGAACAUUGUCAUCUCUUUUGCCCGAAAGAUUAGCCUGUAGGGUUUACAAAGGGGUCCUUCCUAGAAAUAGGUAGGGGAGAAGUGGCAUGAAAGAGCCAGGUUUUGAAAGAGCCACUUGCAUUAUUUCGGUGGUUUAGGAACGAAUUUGGUGGGUGAUCUUAUUUUAAGGUGGCAGCACUGAUUUCCCGCCACCCACAAAAAUUUGACAGUUGGCUAGUGAUAACAGGCGGCGGUACAUCGAGUCAAAAUUUUUGGCAUCCAAAAAUACUGCAUUAUGGAGAAGGCUGGCUCAAAAAAACGAAAAACACCCGAAAAAUCGGUAAUUGAAGAAGCAGUCAGUGAAGUUUUGGAGAAAGGUCAGUCCAUAAACAGAACUGCACUUGCCUUAAACAUAUCGAGGGCCUACUUAGCUAAAAUCGUUAAAAAAGUAAAGACGUCUGGCGAUUCAUCAUAUGAAUAUAGGGAACAGGCGUAGUUUCACAACAGAACAGGAGAAUAUGCUUGCAGAUUAUUUAAAGACCGCAUCUAAAAUGUGCCAUGGCCUAACAAGACAUCAAGCAAAGAAGCUAGGAUUUGAUUAUGCCGUAGCCAAUGAUAUCUGUCCACCCAAAUGGAAAGAAGUUGAAACUGCGACUGAUUGGCUCAAAGGGUUUAUGAGCAGACACAAAGACUUAACUGUGAGAACACCUGAAAGCACUUCUCUAUCCCGUGCAACAAGUUUUAAUAAAGCUAAUUCUAAUCAGAUGGAACAACCUGGCAACAUGACCAUAAUGCAUCCAGGAACUGGUCCAGCACAUCCUUCAACUACUGCAGGACCGGUGGCUCCAGGCACCCUGCCUGCUACUGGGGGUGGAAAUCCCAGGAGACCUAAGAACCCCAGACAUGCGCGUGCUGCUGCUGAGGGGGCUGGAAACCUGCAGACUGAGAGACUUUCCUUGGCUGAAGAGGCUAAGUUGGAAAUGGCGGCAAUGCCCAGCAAAACCCCAGUCUCUGUCCUACAAGAGCUCCUCUCGCGUCGCGGCGUCACCCCCAAGUACGAGCUAGUACAAAUAGAGGGCGCUAUCCAUGAACCGAUCUUCCGGUAUAGGGUGUUCUUGAGCAACGAGCUGGUUGCUACGGGCACAGGUCGCUCCAAGAAGGAUGCCAAGCAUGCUGCUGCGAAGAAUCUGCUGGACGUUCUUACCGGGAAGAUGACCUCGGAGCAGGCGAAUCAGAGCAAUGGAACUCCCGGAGCGGCUGAUAUCACCAGCCAAGUUGUCUCACCGUACGACGACAAAGUGAUGGGCAACCCGAUUGGUUGGCUCCAAGAGAUGUGUAUGUCCAGAAGGUGGCCACCACCAUCCUAUGAGAUGGAACAUGAGGAAGGAUUACCGCAUGAGCGUCAGUUCACUAUUGCAUGCCAGGUGUUGAAAUUCCGUGAGAUAGGCACCGGCAAAUCCAAGAAGUUGGCUAAGAGGAUGGCUGCGCACAAGAUGUGGCAGACGUUGCAAGAUAUGCCAAUGGAAGGAAACAAUCUACCAGUUGUUUUUUUCAGUGAAGAUGACUCUAUUGCCUUGUGCGCAAAGGACUUUAACUUUGUCCAAUUCCUGCAAGAUAUUGCAACCGAGCAGAACUUCGAAGUAACAUAUGUGGACAUCGAAGAAAAAACCCUCAAUGGCCACUGCCAAUGCUUGGUGCAACUGUCCACUCUUCCGGUCGCAGUAUGCUUUGGAACUGGCAAGAGCCCCAAAGAUGCCCAAGCACAUGCAGCCCAUUUGGCUCUCGAAUAUCUAAAGAUCAUGACCAAGAAGUGAAGAGGUUGAACAUGCUGGUCUAACUGUAAGCAAAACAGUGCUUUUUGGUUUAUGCAAACUCCCCUAAGGGGGAGUUUGUUAUUGUAAAGGGCGCCCCUGCCCUUCAUUUACCCCCUUAGGGCGCUUUUUGGUUCGUUUCUGCAGCGGGCCGGUACACGGGUUGUAGUCGGGUUGUUUCUGGCGGUUACUAGAAUAGCAUUUUUUACUUUUGAGUUUUUUAUAGAGAAGCAUGAACUUUCGUAUAUAUAUUGGUGUCUACAAUAUUGAAGCUAUUAGACCCAAAAGUGUUUUAUGAAAAAAGUGUUUAGUUGUCUAAAGAUAUCCUGAACAUUGAAAAGCGCAUUUCGUAAUUUUCGCGUGAUUUAUAUCGCCGCAGCCACCGAUAAUUUGCCUCUUAUUAGAGUUGUUAAAUGCCAGUAAUGCCAAAGAAUAUCUCGCUGAGUGGCAACAUUUCUGAGAUAUUGGACCCAGGAAAUUGAGAUUCAUUUCAAGUUUACGUACCGUUUAUGUUGUUGCAACUCCAAUUUGACAUCUAUACCAUUUCCGAGAUCUCGAUGCGUAUUAAUUGCCAAAGGUUAUUCAUUUUUUAUUCUAGAUGCAACAAUUUUAUCGAGUUUAGGUAUUCAUAACCCAAUUAUCACGUUUUAUCUAAUUUUAACAUUUUGCACUCGGUUUAUGCUAUAUUUUUUCUCGAAACCUAAAAGAAAACGUGGUCGCAAGUCUCAAGCACAAGACGAAAAUAUGGUAUAUCGAACGGUAUAGUGGAGAAUUGAGCAGAUUCUGAGAUUGAGGUAAUGCCGAAAAAGAGAAAAGGUCGGUAAAGCCUCGGGAAUCAAAGAAGGAUGAGGCAUCUUUGGUUCGAAAGUCUGGCGAUUCUGAAGAUUCAUUGGAGAAUAAAAGAUGAAAAAAGAUGACCCUGAUAAAGAUACAUUGACUUCUGCUGGAGGUGGUGAAACUGCUUCAGAGGGCCAACAAUCAAAACGAGGCAAGAUGUCUACACCGAAAGAGCCCAAAAGCGGAGAUGAAGAUGAUGAGAAAUGAGAAACAUAAAUCAAAGGAAGGCAGAAAACCAGCACAUGAACAUUCCAUUGCUUCAGUUAGAGAUGAGAAGAAUGAGAGUCAGUGUGAGAUAGAUGAGAAAAUGGUGACUUGAUAAGUGAUUUCAGAGCAAAAGAAAAGCAAAAAGACUACCACGCUUGCCAAGAAUAAGAAAAGGGAGGCUCCGAAAUUGCAGAGGAGGACUAGGACGAGAAAAAAGAAAGUCGACCAAAUAUUGAACGUGUACUUCGAACAAGACGACACUGGAGAAGUUCGGGUCAGCUGGAAAGGAUUCAGCUCUGCAGACAAUAACUGGGAGUUGUUCGACAAUACGAAUAAGGUGGGAAAAGCGCGACAAGUAAAAAGUUACUGAUUCAUGUUUGGACUAUUAAACUGCCUUCGUGUUGUACAACAGUAACACAGUAAUUCGGGUCACUCCGACUCAGAGUGUGUUGUAAACAUGACACAAAACAAGUCGGCAACACAAAAAGGUCUUACACACCGGAAAAUGCAACAAAAUGAACAAUGCAAACUACACGGAGCACUUGGCUUUAACACAUUUGAGGUAUGGGACAUUACCUACAUUAUCCGUAGGUCAUAUGUCAUCAGAUUUCAAUAAUAGAUGAAAACAUUCACUUUUUGCCUUCUGUUUUAUAAAAUUCAUGUUUUAUUUCAUUCUAUUCGCAAGAAGCAACCUGAAACCCGUGUACCGACACAACAGAAAAAUGCAUGAAAAGGGAUGGAUAGCACUUAAUUUACAAGCUAUACUUUGCAUAGAAUUAGUGGUUUUUUUCGAGAUUUUUCUGCGACAAUUCAAUCGUUAAUUCUUUUUUAUUUUUAUGUUGUCUCUGAAAAAAAUAUUGUCAAUGUGCGCCACACGGUGAGCAUUAGAUUUAAUACAGCCUUCGACAAAAGUAUGCAGAAUUACGUUACCUUGAAAUGUGAAAAGGUAAAAACUUCAAUUUUUUUUCUUUUUUAUAUUUCAAGGUACACUUCUCAUUUUGGCCGUGUUAUUUAAGUUUAAAAAAAUAAUGACUUGAUAAACACAAAUACUUUUGACGGACGCUGUAAAUCGCGCGAUGUCUUUGUAACAAGAGACAAACUUGUGCGGCACUCUUAGAUAUAUAUAAUAUAUAUUUAAAUGUUUAAAAGGAAAUCAAGUAUAGUAGUAAGCUUAGAACUUUUUACAUAUAUAUAUAUUUACUAGGCGGUAGUUUGUAACACAAACUUCAACCUUUUCGUCCUCUACUAUCCGCAUGGACGAUAGUGGUACGAUUCCACUGUACAAAUUGUUGCGCAACAUGUUGCAGUGUUCCAUUCCUACAAUGUGUCACCACAUGUCGCUGGCCCUUUUGUUAGUGGGAACAUACCUUAACGCUGAUAAUUUCUUUUUUGAAUGUCUCUUCCUCUUAUAUAACUCAAAUAUUAUGUAUAUGAUAUAUAAUGCAGUGCCCCGACAACAUGAUAUGUAUUGAUUAUAAUAUUGUGAAAAGGGAGCAUUUAUUUGAUGCAAAGUAUAGAGGUUGUACCGAAACUAUUUUUUUUAUCUUAUUUGUUCAAUCUCGUGUAUGGAAUUGUAUUUCUGUACACGAAAAUGUACCGGGUACACCCUAGCAUAGGCCACGCAAAAAUUUCACAAUUAGACCUCAAAAAGUGUCAGAUCUAACUAAAUCAUCCGAUAGAAAAUAGAUGACGGUUUCUUCAACAGUCCCGUUGAAAGUAAGCAUGGGUUAAGCAAUGUCAAUUCUUAAGGGUAAAACAGUAUUGUUUAAAGGAAUAGCUGCGAUAUCCUAUAAAUUAAUCUUGUUAUCACCUACUAAUAUGACCGGUCGACUCUACAAAAAUUAUGAAAGUUUGAGGUUAUGGGAAUAAUAACUUAUUGUCCAAAAUGCCAUUGUAAAUGUGAGAAAUCUGAUCAUAUUUGGUAGUUUGUUGGUUUUGGGUGUACCGCUGAUCUAUACACAAAGAAAAAUGUAAUAAUUAACAUAUAUGUCAAUAGAAAAUUUUUAGACGCACCGCACGUGUAGACAUAAAGAUAGCAUGAAUCUAUAUGGAGUGUCGUCUAAAGAUGCAUAGAGGUUUAGGUUUGUUUUUGAAAUAGCUGAUAAGUUUAAUCAUCUAUACCUGUAAUAUUAUAUUGAUGUGUAUGCUAAUUAAUAAUAAUUCCUUGCUUAGGCCAAGUAAUUUUAUUUCGAUAAUCCAUGCCAACCUUAGCGCUCUGUUGCUCUCUCAUUCCUUUCUUCUUUUUUUCUCUUUCUGACCGUCUAAUAUCUGGUCAACCAGAACUACUGACCUACAAGAUUUAACCAAAAGCAAAGAUCCUACGUUCCGAUUUGAC